AUGAAUGGGAACGAGGCUGACGAGAGAAUCGGGAAACGUAUUUACAACAUGGAUAUUGAGGAGCUCCACUCGGACAUCCAGAGUGAAUUCCAGCACGUCUCUAUGGGUGCAGGUGACAUGGAGGCUGUGGAGGCUCUGAUGUCCAUGACUAAGCACUGGAAAAGUAGAAGCUUCAGGCUUAGACACUUAAGACCCCUGACUCCGUCCUCAGACUGUUCAGAGGACGACUCUGCCCCCCCUGGGACUGCAGUGCUACAGGAUCAUCCUUUGCACCACCAUACAGCCCACCCCACUGUGACGCCAGCCAUCCACCCUCAGCAGCUAACCUUGCAUCAACUCGAAGUAGCCAGAAGUCCGACCUGGCAGCCAACAGAAGAGACUCAUCCACACUCACGUGCUGCUACUUCCCAGCAGAUGUUCCAGUGCACCAGUGUGAUCCGCCACACUGCGGAUGGCCUGCACUGCUGCUGUAACAUCCACCCUGUCCCGAAGGAGGACAGUCUCACCCACGUUCAUACAAGAGACUCUAAAAAUGAGCUGAACUUUGAAGAUGGGCUGAACAGUAGAGACUCUGAGAAGAUUAUUAUAACGCACUCUGACUCUGCUUUGCCUAAUGUGCUAGAGAUCAGCCAGCCCCGAAUGAGUCUUUCAGGCCCAGGUGAUAAAUCAAACACACCUCAGUCUGUCUCCUCUGUCCCAGCUGGUGUUAAUGGAGUCUCUCCUGUGCCUGUCUACUGCCAGAUUCUUCCUGUCUCUUCUGUUCCCACCACUGUUGUGCAAAAACCUUUCACAGGCACUGAGAGUCAGAGGCAACACCCACUACCUAUAGCAUCAGCAAUUACAACUGUGCACGUAGCACAACAACAGCAGCACAAACAACAACAUGCACUACCGCAACCACAAACCCAAGCGGCAUCCUCUGCCCAGGUCUUCCUCCUUGGGGGACAGGUUGCAAAAGGCCCCCUAAUGCUCCUUGUCCCUCAGCAGGCUGUUCCGACUCUCUACGUUAAGCCAGCGCUGGUGACACCUGGUGGUACCAGGUACCAGCCAUCGCCCCCUGCACCUGGUCACACCGUGUUGGAGCAAAGACACAGCCCCCUUCAGCCUGAGUUGUCCCGUGUACGCAGUCAUAUUUGUCCCCAUGAGGACUGCAACAAGACCUACUUCAAGAGCUCCCACCUCAAGGCCCACAUGAGGACACACACAGGUGAGAGGCCCUUCAAAUGCAAGUGGGAGGGCUGUGAGAGGCGAUUCGCUCGCUCUGAUGAGCUGUCUCGCCACCGUCGAACCCACACAGGAGAGAAAAAGUUUGUCUGUCCCAUGUGCCUCACCCGCUUCAUGCGCAGCGACCACCUGGCCAAGCAUGCCCGGAGACACCUAGCAGCAAGGAAGACGCCCUGCUGGACAUUAGGGGUCACCCAGACUGCUGACCUCUCUGCUUCUACAAUACUCUAAAGGAUCCAAAUGAGACGCCAAAGUAAAAACUGUGAAACUGUACAAUUGAGAUUUUUUGUUGGUGGGUCUCACAGCACAGAGGACUGUGUGCCUAAUUUGAACAGUUGCAUAACACUGCUAAACCUAACAGUAAAUUAAACUGCAUGUGAAGUCUUUGCUGCUGCUGCUGUUGCUUAAUAAGUAUAGUUGAAAAUGAACGAAGGUAAUGAAUCUGUUUACAUUUGACUUCCAACUACUGUAUUUCCUGAAACAGAGCAGUUACACUGAAAGUAUCAAAUGUACAUAACACUUUUACAAAUCAUGCUAAUUGUAUGUUUACCUGUCAGUGAAAUUUGACCAAAGAACAUUGAAUAGUUUUUCUUUUGUGGCAUAUGAGAAUCUAUUUGUUAUACAACAAUUUUGCACAGUGCUCUUUUCUUGGAGGGAAAGAAGAAUUCUUUAUUAAACUUGAAUACAUA